GUGACCGUCGCAGCGUCACAGUCAGAGUUGAAAGGUCACACGUCAUCACGUCAUCAACGUCACGUCAAGCUAGCAGCUGGAGGAAGCUAGUCUCCCUAAAUAUUAUUAAAAAAUGUCAACUUCAGAAGAAGACACGGAGAUGCCUGCUCCAUGUGUGCUCGUCACCAGCUGUGACGGUGGUUUUAGCGAAGAGGAGCUGAUAAAACAGAUCCUCAGCUCCAAGACUUUGCCCGAGCCGAUCAAGCGAGAAGAAACCGUAGCCUGGUAUCCAUGGACUAUCAACAACAAAUAUUACACAGCAGAUGUCAGGCUAUGUGUUGUACCAAGCACUUUUCAAAUGUCAUCUGAGAUUGCCCAGUCCACACAGGCUUUCAUCGCUUAUUUUGACAGCACAGUGAAGGAUGGGCUGGAAAAGCUACUUCCUUGGAUAUCAGUGGUGGAAGAUCUUGCUCCAGAGGUGCUGAUUCUAGUGUGUGACAGAGUCUGUGAAAAAGGGGUCACCAGACAUGAAGCACAGCAGUGGUGUUUGGCUCAUGCCUUUGAGCUGGUGGAGCUCAACCCACUGGAGUUGCCAGAUGAGGAUGAUGACUUUCCAGAAUCCACAGGAGUAAAGAGAAUUUGCCAGGCUCUCAAUGCCAACGUGUGGACCAGUGUGGAGAUGAAGGAUGGGCACAAUCAGGGCUUUGGUCUGAUGAGUAGUUUGGUUGCUGCCAGACACAACAACCCACACAGCUGCCAAGAUCCACAGUCUUCCAGCUUGCCAGUAGAGGGCUCACUUGUUAGUGAGGAAACUAACCAUACAGAAAGUAGUGCAAACACAGAAGAGACACAGGGAGACACAGUAGUUGAUGCAAUGACCGAUUUGGACAUUCAGGAACUCGCUAAUCUCACGGCUGGAGAUCCAGAUGUGGAUAACUUUGAACGUCUCUUUACCAAAUUAAAAGAGAUGAAAGAUUUUCAACCUGCAGACAAAGCUUCUUCAUUACCCCAUGAGCAGAGGAAGGUUCAUGCAGAGAAGGUAGCAAAAGCGUUUUGGAUGGCCAUCGGCGGCGAUGACGACGAGAUAGACGGGUUAUCAUCAGGGGAGGAAAGCUAAAAGCAGCUACCUGUGACUCAGUUUCUUUUCUCCUGGUCCUCCCACAAGAUCCAGCGCCCUUGGAUUUGCUUCUUGCACCUGGAAAGUGGAGAUGCUUACAGACGGUUCUGUAGGCAUAGUCAUGUUUAGAAACUUUUGAUUCUUAAAAUGAAACAAUUGCAAUACUGGUGUAUAGUAAGAAGCAGUUGAAUAUCUUGAUUAGGGAAAGAAGUGGUCCCCCCCUCGCUAUGCUAUAAGCCCUGAAGGAACCUCAACACAUGUUGGUGUUGCAGGUGGAAAAAACAAAAUACAAUUUUGUGUCAUUUAUGUGUAUAUGUCCCUUAGGUACAGUUGUCACAUAUAUUUGCAAGUGAAACAACGUGCCUUAUCCUUAGAAGAGUUGUAAGACAUUUAAUGCACAUUCUGUUGAAUCAACAUAAAGACUUGUGAUUUUAAUUUUUUUUGCUCCUUUGUGUGAGUGUGGCGUACUUAUUGUGAACACGGGACUGCACUACAUGGGUUCAUACAGCUUAUCUCGUACUUGUAAAGAAAAAUACACAGAACAGAAAAAUAGAAACACCUGUAUGCUGCAAUGGAGUACCUCUCUGCAAUAAAUAAAAUUCAGUCAUGGUGCUGUAUUGGACAUUA